AUCAACAUGUCUGCUGAUCUUGUCUGGCAAAUUGUUAAGAACAACAACGCUUACCUUGUUAAGAAGAGUGGUGUCCAAUUCUCCUCUGAACCAGGAAACCUUAUGAAUGUUAACUCAUUCAAAUACUCCGGUAUUGCUAACAACAAGGCCGUUAUCAUUGGUGCCACUGAAAAGGGUGUUUCCUUCGCCACUACUAAGGCUUCCAACAAGAACCUCAAGACUGCUGCUGUCGAACUUAAGAAAGGUGCUCGUCCUUCUGCCGCUGCUGUAAAGAACGUUCUCAAGGGAUACCGUCCAGAUCUUUCAAAGGCUGCUGCUGCUCGUGUUUCUGCUAUUCUCAAGUCUAAGAAGCCAGCUAAGACCAUCAAGAAGAGAGAACAAAAGGGUGUCC